AUGGAGCACAACGCUGAAACAACCGGAAUGAAACAGUUGUUGUUCGCUGCUUGCGAGGAUUUACCGUGCAUUUGUGGAAAUACUCGUAAAAUGAAGCCAUCUGGCAAAAUUUUUGCAAAAUGCAGAAAUAUGGAACAUGGACUAGAAAUCUAUAGCUCUGCAAUAGCAGCAACGAUGAGCACUGUACCUGUAAUGGUUCUUCCAGGACCGGGGUCGUAG